AUGUUUUGUGAAGAGUCGAUGCUUUUAAAUUAUGACUGCCAGCUAAGGUGGUGCCUGCUUCUGGGCUCCUUCUUCAGUCAGAGCUCGGCCGAGUGGGAGCGACUGCUGUCCAGGCAGCGCAGGAAAGUGCUCUUCGUCGAUGCCAGCAGCAUGGGGAUACUGCUAGCGCUUGCGACGCCGAUCGACCUUCCGGGUCGGGACGUGUCCUUUUCCUACAACUUUGAAGCCAAUUACGCUCUGCCGAGCAACCUGACGCAGCUGCUCGAGUCCGAUUUCACGCUGGUGCGGAGACAACGCUCUCUAGACCGACGCUCGGCCUACAGCCUGCUGGAGAAGCGCUUCGAGAGGGAAGGUCUAACGGGCCGUGCAUGCGUUCUCAGGACGGUCUGUGAAGUUGCAGAGACACCUUUAAGGCACAACGGCCUCGUCGGAGAUCUUAUGCACAUUUUCUUCACACCUUCCACGUCGACGGAGGAGGGCCUGCCGCUGGAGUUCUCCGAGGCCGAGGAGCACGGCAGGGCCGGGGCCGACUGCGCAGCCGCCUACCCCGCCUGCAGACACAGCCCGCUCGACCUGGUGUCCGUCGUCAUAUGA